UCAUUUUGAGACGGGCUUAUUUAUUCUCUGUGCAUUUUGAUCCAGGAUCCAGCUUUGCAAUUUAGUAUAUAUAUUGACCGUGUUCACCUGUGCGCGCGCCCAUUUUUUGACCCCAUACCCAAACUUGGUCGGAUUCCCUAAUCAGCGAAUGGGCGAGGCCACCUGCAUGCAUCUCAUUUUAUGUAGACCUCCUUGUCUUCAACGUCACCCCCUCUCACCGAAACUACCUGGUGCCGCUCAUUUCCGCAAUCGGCGGUUGGAGUCAUUUUGAAGUCUUGCCUUGAGCAGACAGGACAUUCUUGCGAGUGAAAGUUCAAAGGAUUAUAUAUUUGGAAUUGUUAAAAACUGACGAUUGUGAAUCCGAUGGAGGUUUGUGGGUGUUUGCGCUUGGGAACUAUUAUUCUCGUUCUCCAGGCACUUUCCUGUGCACUUUCUGAACAUACAUCAUGUGCACCUGGCUUUGACACGGAUCUCUACAUAUUCGAAGUCGACAGAAUCCAUCUCCACAUCGGCAGGAGGCUUGGGAAAGUUGUCUUCGAUGACUGCACAGGCCGCACCAGGAUUCUCUUUGAUUCAGCAGACAAGAGAUUUAAAGUGGACACAGACGGGACGGUGAAGCUGAAGAGACAGGUGACGCUACACGAUGGACACAAGAGGUUUGCAGUCCAUGCCUGGGACUCCCAGGGAAAGAAGCACACGGUGGAUGUACGACUGGAGCUUAUCCAACCUCGCCACCACCACAAGCACCACAAUGAGCAUGAGCAGGAGAACCAUCAGGGGCACCAGGUGGAUCUGCCCAAGCCAGCCUCAACUGAAGCAGUUUCAACUGUGCCAGUCCUGCUGUUUCCAAAAUCAUCCGGUGGUCUAAAAAGAAGAAAGAGGGACUGGAUCAUUCCAGACAUCAAAAUUCCAGAGAACACGAGAGGUCCUUUCCCAGAAGCUUUGGUGCAGAUUAAAACCAGCUUUGCAAAAGAGGUGACCGUCACCUACAGCAUCACUGGCGUUGGAGCAGAUGUGGAGCCCCGGGAUCUCUUCAAAAUUGAUGCCAGGACUGGGCAGCUAUACAUCACCAAGCCCUUGGAUAGAGAAGACAUGGCCGCAUAUACGCUUCUUGCACAUGCAGUGAUUGAGGGUGGUGGUAAGGCUGAGGAGCCUAUGGAGCUUAAAAUCAUUGUAAUUGACCAAAACGAUAACAAGCCUAUCUUCAAGCAAAAUCCCUUCCUGGGCAGUGUUGCGGAGGCAACAAAACCAGGCACUGAAUUCAUGGACAUUGUUGCUACUGAUGCUGAUGAACCUGGAAAUGCCAACUCUGACAUCAGAUAUACAAUUACAAGUCAGGACCCAAAGCUGCCAAGUGCAGGCAUGUUCUCCAUCAACCCUGUCACAGGGAAGCUCAUGGUGAACUCUGCUGGCCUGGACAAGGAGAAAUUCCCCAAGUACACGUUGGACAUCCAAGCAGCUGAUAUGGAGGGAAAUGGACUAACUGCCUUUUGCAAAGCAAUCAUUACAGUGACUGACAGCAAUGACCACGCUCCACAGUUUGAGCAGUCUCAGUACACUGCGUCUGUCCCUGAGAAUAAGGUGAGUGAAACGGUGGUAAAGAUGUUAGUGACUGAUGGAGAUGAUCCAAACACUGACGCCUGGGCCGCCAAGUUCAAGAUCAUCAGUGGAGACACUGGAGGCAUGUUCACCAUUGAGACUGAUAUCAGCAAGCAGGCGGGCAUCAUCAAGACAGCCAAGCCCCUGGACUUUGAAGCCAUUUCCAAGUACACACUUGUGGUAGCAGUGGAGAAUGAGGUACCUUUUGCUAUACCUCUGCCAACAGCCACCGCUCAGGUGGUGGUGAAUGUUGUGGACGUCAAUGAGGCUCCCGUCUUCAGUCCAGCAGAGAAGAAAAUCUCCACACGAGAAAAUGACCCAGUAGACACCAAACUGGUGCUGUACUCAGCCACUGAUCCAGACACAGCCAUGAAGCAGACACUGACGUACAAAAUUGGCAGUGAUCCAGCUGGGUGGCUGAAAGUUGAAAAAGACACUGGCGUGGUUAAAGUAAAGGCUCCAAUGGACCGUGAAUCUCACUUCGUGAAGGACGGGCAGUACAAGGCUCUCAUUUUGGCAAUGGACAGUUAUAUGAUUCCUGCCACUGGUACUGGGACUCUGUUGAUUCAGCUGGAGGAUGUGAAUGACAACGCACCAGCUGUUGUGGAGAGGAGUGUGGAAGUGUGCAAUGAAGACCCCCAACCAAUCAUGCUCUCGGUAACGGACAAAGACACUGGAGUCAAUGGCGCCCCUUUCCAUGUUUCACUGAAGGGGGACUCUGCCGCUAACUGGACUGCACAGAUGAAUGGCACAAAAACUGGCAUUAUACUCAAUAUGAGGACCAAGUUGAAGGAAGCAAAGUACAGCAUCAGGUUAAGUGUUAGCGACACACAUGGCCUGAGUCAGGUGAGCAUCAUUGACGCCCAGGUGUGUGACUGCAAGGGAGCAGAGGUCAGUUGCCAGAACAGACAGAUAGGUGCCGCUGGACUGCCUCUUCCCGUCAUCCUCGGAACCUUGGGAGCCAUCCUGGCUUUGCUCUUGCUGAUCCUGCUCCUGCUCAUGUUCGUGAGGAGGAGGAGCAACGUGAAGAAAGAGCCCCUGCUGCUGGACGAGGAUAUCAGGGACAACAUCUACUACUACGAUGAGGAGGGCGGGGGAGAGGAUGACCAGGACUAUGACUUGAGUGUGCUGCACAGGGGCUUGGACAACAGACCUGAUGUGUUCAGGAACGACGUCAUCCCCACCUUCAUGCCCGCACCACAGUACCAGUACAAACCUCGGCCUGCAAACCCUGAAGACAUUGGGAACUUUAUUGACGAUAAUCUGAAGGCAGCAGACAAUGACCCCACGGCCCCACCGUAUGACUCGCUGCUGGUGUUUGAUUAUGAGGGUGCUGGUUCUGAAGCCGGAACCCUUAGCUCACUCAACUCCUCCAGCUCUGGAGACGACCAGGACUAUGACUGCCUAAACGAGUGGGGCCCGCGCUUCAAGAAGCUGGCUGACAUGUAUGGAGGAGGAGAAGAUGAACUGAUUCUCUUCGAUUCAGCAGACAAGAGAUUUAAAGUGGACACAGACGGGAUGGUCAAGCUGAAGAGACAGGUGACGCUACACGAUGGCCACAAGAGGUUUGCUGUCCAUGUCUGGGACUCCCAGGGAAAGAAGCACACGGUGGAUGUGCUUCUGGAGCUUGUCCAACCUCACAAGCACUGCAAUGAGCAACACCAGGACCAACAAGUGGAUCUGCCCAAGGUAACCAGAGGGAACACGGCUCUCUACUGCUCAAACUCUUACCUGCACGGAAUACGUGCUUUUAAUGUUUUCCCUCCACAGCCAGAUGCAACUGAGGUCGCCCCUACUGUGCCAGUCCUGCUGUUUCCAAAGUCAUAUGGUGGUCUGAAGAGAAGGAAGAGGGACUGGAUCAUCCCAGACAUCAAAGUAUCUGAGAACAAUAGAGGCCCCUUCCCAGAGCAGUAUUACCAGAUUAAAAGCAGCCAUGCAAAGGAAGUUGGGAUCACCUAUUCGAUUACAGGCCCAGGAGCGGAUCAGGACCCAAAGAACCUGUUCAGAAUUGACAAGCUUGGCUUUGUGUACGUCACCGCACCGCUGGACAGAGAAGCACAAGCAGAAUAUCCGCUCUUUGCUCAUGCAAAAAGGGCAGAUGGUAAAAAUGUUGAAGACCCCACGGAAAUCGACAUCGUCGUCAUAGACCAAAAUGAUAACAAGCCAGUAUUUAAACAAAAUCCAUUCCUGGGGAGUGUUGCAGAAGAGACAAAAAUAGGAACCGAGUUCAUGGACAUUGUUGCUACCGAUGCCGAUGAACCUGGGAAUGACAACUCGGACAUCAGAUAUAGUAUUAUAAGUCAGGACCCAAAGCUGCCAAAUGCGGAGAUGUUCACAAUCAACCCUGUCACAGGGAAGCUCAUGGUGAACUCUGCUGCCCUGGACAAGGAGAAAAUCCCCAAGUACACUUUGGACAUCCAAGCAGCUGAUAUGAGGGGAAAUGGACUAACCGCCUUUUGCAAAGCAAUCAUUACCGUGACAGACAGCAACGACCACGCUCCACAGUUUGAGCAGUCCCAGUACACAGUAUCUGUUGUGGAGAACAAAGUGGGGGAAACGGUGGUGAAGAUGAUAGUGACUGAUGGAGAUGAUCCAAACACUGACGCCUGGGCCGCCAAGUUCAAGAUCAUCAGUGGAGACACUGGAGGCAUGUUCACUAUUGAGACUGAUAUCAGCAAGCAGGCGGGCAUCAUCAAGACAGCCAAGGUGUCUGAGACUAAACCUUCUCUUGACUUUGAAGCCAUUUCCAAGUACACACUUGUGGUAGCAGUGGAGAAUGAGGUACCUUUUGCUAUACCUCUGCCAACGGCCACCGCUCAGGUGGUGGUCAAUGUUGUGGACGUCAAUGAGGCUCCCGUCUUCAGUCCAGUGGAGAAGAAAAUCUCCACACGAGAAAAUGACCCAGUAGACACCAAACUGGUGCUGUACUCAGCCACUGAUCCAGACACAUCCAUGAAGCAGACACUGACGUACAACAUUGGCAGUGAUCCAGCUGGUUGGCUGACAGUUGAAAAAGACACUGGAGUGAUUAAAGUAAAGGCUCCAAUGGACCGAGAAUCUCCCUUUGUGAAGGACGGCCAGUACAAAGCUCUCAUUUUGGCUAUGGACAAUAUGAUUCCUGCCACUGGUACUGGGACUCUGUUGAUUCAGCUGGAGGAUGUGAAUGACAACGCACCAGCUGUUGAAGAGAGGAUGGUGGAGAUGUGCAAUGAUGAGCCCAGUCCAAUCCUGCUCACAGUAACAGAUAAAGAUACUGCAAUAAAUGGUGCCCCCUACCGUGUGGAGCUGAAGGGGGAUUCGGCCAGUAACUGGAUUGUGCAGAUGAAUGGCACAACAUUGGUGCCACUGGGGCUUGUGAGCCACCUCCUCUGGAGGAAGAGGAGCGUUGAGGCAGCAGUUCCAGAGAUGAGGAUGUCCUCUAUGCUGCAGGAGGAAAGAGAAGAGGACCACCAGCAGCAUGUCAGCUCUCUCAACUCCUUCAUCUCUGGAGACGACCAGGACUAUGACUAUGACUGCCUAAAUGAGUGGGUCCCACGCUUCAAGAAGCUGGCUGACGGCCCAGCCGUGGCUCAAUCGAGAGCCAGCUGGAGAACGGCUCUGGAGAUUGAGCUGACCGUCAAUGAAGACAUGAGUUUGCGUUUGCCCGGGGCUCAGAGAAGGUGCCAGGCCAUGAGCUGCCACAGCUCCGGCCGGGGGUGCCAUAUGGAUCCUCCCGCCUGUGACAGCAGGUCCCUCCGUGAGGGCAACUCCCACGGCGGCUCACCUGAGGAAUUAGAGGCACUGGAGGAAAUGCAUAAAGACGUCCGCCCGGCCACGGGUGUGCCAGUGCGUCCACCCCCAGAGCUGGAAGAGCUGGAGAACGGGAUCCACUCCCCCGCUUCAUGCCAGGAGCUGGAGCUGGUCCACCCGGGGGGCAUCCAGGCCCUCUGCUGCCAACGCCGCUGUGUUGAUGGAGCAUGCUGCUUGUCCAGCCGCCAGGUAGGACUUUUCAGCGAGAGUGGCAUGGAGCCUGGCCACUGGAGACGGCAGGAGAGGUUUGCGGCCCAGGCGCAAUGCAGUUCUGGCAGGGGCUGGUUGUGGAAGCCACGCGGUAACUCCACCGCCUCGUGGUGCGACCUCACUCUUGCAUGUGGGGCUGGUGCAGCUAGCUCCCCCGCUGCCUCGUGGUGUGAACUCCCGCCAGAUGUUGCCUUCGAUGACUGCACAGGCCGCACCAGGAUUCCCUUUGAUUCAGCAGACAAGAGAUUUAAAGUGGACACAGACGGGAGGGUGAAGCUGAAGAGACAGGUGACGCUACACGAUGGACACAAGAGGUUUGCAGUCCAUGCCUGGGACUCCCAGGGAAAGAAGCACACGGUGGAUGUGCUUCUGGAGCUUGUCCAACCUCACAAGCACUGCAAUGAGCAACACCAGGACCAACAAGUGGAUCUGCCCAAGCCAGAUGCAACUGAGGUCGCCCCAACUGUGCCAGUCCUGCUGUUUCCAAAGUCAUAUGGUGGUCUGAAGAGAAGGAAGAGGGACUGGAUCAUCCCAGACAUCAAAGUAUCUGAGAACAAUAGAGGCCCCUUCCCAGAGCAGUUGUUCCAGAUUAAAAGCAGCCAUGCAAAGGAAGUUGGGAUCACCUAUUCGAUUACAGGCCCAGGAGCGGAUCAGGACCCAAAGAACCUGUUCAGAAUUGACAAGCUUGGCUUUGUGUACGUCACCGCACCGCUGGACAGAGAAGCACAAGCAGAAUAUCCGCUCUUUGCUCAUGCAAAAAGGGCAGAUGGUAAAAAUGUUGAAGACCCCACGGAAAUCGACAUCGUCGUCAUAGACCAAAAUGAUAACAAGCCAGUAUUUAAACAAAAUCCAUUCCUGGGGAGUGUUGCAGAAGCGGCAAAAAUAGGAACCGAGUUCAUGGACAUUGUUGCUACCGAUGCUGAUGAACCUGGGAAUGAUAACUCGGACAUCAGAUAUAGUAUUACAAGUCAGGACCCAAAGCUGCCAAAUGCGGAGAUGUUCACAAUCAACCCUGUCACAGGGAAGCUCAUGGUGAACUCUGCUGCCCUGGACAAGGAGAAAAUCCCCAAGUACACUUUGGACAUCCAAGCAGCUGAUAUGAGGGGAAAUGGACUAACCGCCUUUUGCAAAGCAAUCAUUACCGUGACAGACAGCAACGACCACGCUCCACAGUUUGAGCAGUCCCAGUACACUGCGUCUGUCCCUGAGAAUAAGGUGGGGGAAACGGUGUUAAAGAUGUUAGUGACUGAUGGAGAUGAUCCAAACACUGACACCUGGGCCGCCAAGUUCAAGAUCAUCAGUGGAGACACUGGAGGCAUGUUCACCAUUGAGACUGAUAUCAGCAAGCAGGCGGGCAUCAUCAAGACAGCCAAGCCCCUGGACUUUGAAGCCAUUUCCAAGUACACACUUGUGGUAGCAGUGGAGAAUGAGGUACCUUUUGCUAUGCCUCUGCCAACGGCCACCGCUCAGGUGGUGGUCAAUGUUGUGGACGUCAAUGAGGCUCCUGUCUUCAGUCCAGCAGAGAAGAAAAUCUCCCCACGAGAAAUUGACCUAAUAGACACCAAACUGCUGCUGUACUCAGCCACUGAUCCAGACACAGCCAUGAAGCAGACAGUGACGUACAAAAUUGGCAGCGAUCCAGCUGGUUGGCUGACAGUUGAAAAAGACACUGGAGUGAUUAAAGUAAAGGCUCCAAUGGGUCGAGAAUCUCCCUUUGUGAAGGACGGCCAGUACAAAGCUCUCAUUUUGGCUAUGGACAGUUAUAUUAUUCCUGCCACUGGUACUGGGACUCUGUUGAUUCAGCUGGAAGAUGUGAAUGACAACGCACCAGCUGUUGUGGAGAGGAUGGUGGAAGUGUGCAAUGAUGAGCCCAGUCCCAUCUUGCUCACAGUAUCAAAUAAUAAAACUGCAACAAAUGGCGCCCCCUACCGUGUGGAGCUGAAGGGGGAAUCAGCCAGCAGCUGGGCUGCACAGAUGAAUGGCACACAAUCUGUCAUUAUGCUCUUUUUAAAGAGCAAAUUGGAUCAAGCUAACUACACUGUCUGGGUAGAAGUAUCUGACAGACACGGCUUGACUCAUGCAAGCACUGUAAACGCCCAUGUUUGCAACUGCAAAGGAGUUGACUUCCACUGUCCCACUGCAUAUCCAGUGUCCCACAGUACUUUCAACUCAAGAAUAUUAAGAAUCAUCUUGGCACUGCUUACAUUGGUGCCACUGGGGCUUGUGAGCCACUUCCUCUGGAGGAAGAGGAGCGUUGAGGCAGCAGGUCCAGAGAUGAAGAUGUCCUCUAUGGUGCAGGAGGAAAGAGAAGAGGACCACCAGCAUGUAGAAUAUGAAAAUGGCCAACAGGAACCCUGUGAGCCCACUGCAUGAUCUACAUCCAGCAGCCUCUCAGCUCUCUCAACUCCUUCAGCUCUGGAGACGACCAGGACUAUGACUGCCUAAAUGAGUGGAGCACGCGCUUCAAGAAGCUGGUUGACAUGUAUGGAGGAUGGAUGCUAUCUCUAAAACCAAAGCCAGAUAGACAUGUAUUUAGUUUGAAGAAAUAAGGAUGAUUGUGAACACUUUCCUGAGCCCAGUCUACAUAAGAAUCGGCAAUCAUAGUCAAUCUGUAAUCAUAGUCACUGUGCCAUGUGAACCUUCUAUGGUCUUUUUUUUAACUUCCUGGUGGUUAUUUUAAAGAAGUUAUUGUUUCUGAUGCACUUAGAUCAUGAUUUAUUAAGAUAGUAUUUUUACAUCCCCUGUCAUGAGUAGGCUAUGUGUGAUUUUUUUGUCAGCUAUUAUAAAACUUAAUAAAUACGUGUUC